AUGAAUCCACAGAAUAAAGAUAACCCUCAGUUCGCAACUUCAAAGAAAUCAUUUGGUAAAGAACAGCCUAAAACUAGCCCUACAAAAGAAGAAAAGGUCUUCACCAGCUUAAAAGCCGCUUGGCAACGGUCGGUGGGGAAUCUCUCGCCUGCUGCGGUGCACAAGCUGUCUCAGCUACAAAGCCAAGCAUCUUCGAGGUUACUGCAAACAGGAGAUGCUGCCAGUAAAAUUGUCCGAAAUGCCAUUUCAAAAUCAUCGGACAUCCGCGGUGCCGCGAGCGAAACGGCCAAAAACUUAGCGAAAAGCACUGCAGCAAACCUCACAGGCACGAUCAAAGUUGCAGCAAACCGAGCUUCGAAUGCCAUGUCUGAUGUGGCAUCCACUGCGAAAAAGUCCGUGGCAGAACAAUCUGAAAAAGUGCUCAACGGAUCUUCGUGGACAGCCAAUGCGGCUGGCAACAAAGUCGCCGAAAGCGCACAAUCGGCUGGUGAACGGUUACAAUUGAGUACACUAAGUGCUGCCCGGCGAACGAAAGCAUAUCUGCACGAAAGAUUGCCCUCCCUGACCUCCAGGGCUUCAACCGGCGGACGAAAACUAAGAAAUUGGGUUCUGAUCAUUGGAUUCGGCGGAUUAUUUGCAUAUGGGUUAGGAACCGCAAUUCCGCAUGCUGUAUCGCGGUACUACAUUGAAAAGUCUCGCCAUGAACUGGAAACACGACAGCUGAACACUCAAAGGGAUGCGGAAUAA